AUGCAAUGCACAAAGCUUUUAUUGUUGAUGCUUUUUCUUGCGGCGUGCGUGGGGUCAUGCAAGGCUUGGGGUGAUGAUGUGGUUGAAGAUGCCAAAACCAAAGCAGAGGAGACCAAGCAGUUUGCCGCAGCAGCAGAGCAUGAUGCCGAGGAAAAGACCCACUCUUGGGCCAAUAGGGCCCAUGACAAGUUCUCCGAAAGUUUCGAGGACGAAAGGAAUCACGAGAUUCAAGACAUGAAGUACAGUGCUGAAGAUGCUGCCUCAAGGGCCACUGAGACAAUGAAAUCUGCAGCAUCAGGAGCUUCGGGGUAUGCUUCUCAAAAGGCUACCGAUGCUAAGGAAGCAAUUUCAGGAGCCGUGAUCAUCAGAAUGCCAAUAGAUAGGACCAAUGAUGCAAAAGAUACAAUAAGAGGAAUCAUAGGUCAGGCCAGGGAAAGAAUGGCAGAUACCUAUAAUGAUGCUAAACAAAAAAUUCACACGGCUUCAGACAAGGCUUCAAGUAUGGCACACAAUGCCAAAGAUAACAUAGCUGAGUCCAUUGAAUAUGGGAGAGAGCAAGCAGCCAAUGUCUAUGAGCAGGGUAAGCAGAAAAUAAACAUGGCUGCAGAUACUGCAUCAGAAAAAUUCUCUGAUGCCAAGGACAAAGCAAACGACGUUUAUGAUGAAUCUAGGCAUAAGAUAAAUCACAUGGUCUCGGAUCAUGCUAAUGAUGUCAAAAAUAAAGUAAAAGGAGCAGUGGAUUGUGGAAGAGAUGUGGCCGCCAAUGAUGUUAAAGAUAAAAUGGGUGCGACAAUGGGGCAUGGAAGGGACAAAGUAGCAGAAACUUUUGACCAGGCGAAACAUAAGGUGGGUGAAACAUACUUGUCAGCAAAGAAUACCAUGACUGAAGAGGCCAAAGCUAAGUACGAGGCUGCAAAGGAGAAGGCUUCGGAGGCCACAGGAGAUGUUGGAGCUAAGAUGAGGAACACCCCAGACUUAUGA